AUGGUCUCACAUCCUCACACUUGCUUGGUCAUGUCUUGUUGGCUUUCGCUGGCCUUGAAGCUCACAGCUGUGAGUAUCCCCCCCCGUCUUUUGUUUGUGAACUCUUGCGAACUCCUCGCGGCUUCUCGCACCAUGGCUGCCAAGAUGAUUCUUGUGCUGCUCCCGGUGGCCCUCGCCAUCAGGGAGUUUCAUGCCGCGAGUUCGGAGCGUGGCUCCUGCGACGGAGUGACGACCGUGGCGCUCAACAAGGAGGUCCAUCACGAUGAGUGGUCGGGCUCGUACCUCUCUUGCGUUGUCAGCAGCAUCUCGGACUGCAGCAAGCACAUGACCUACUUUGCCAAGGAGAACACCUUCAACCGCUGUGGAGUCUUUCCUUUCCACGUGAGCCGCGGGAUGGCAUCCUACAACAUCGAUGUGUGCUCACCCAGCAAUGAUGUGUGCACUUAUGGGCAGAACCCCCAGCUGUUCCAGGAGGCCAAGAGCUACUACACUGAGGCCUGCAUCCGGCAAUACCUCUGCCCUGUGGCCACCAGCUGGCGCGACACCCCUUGGCCCAAGUCGGUCUGGGUGGGCAGCAAGGCGGGAUGGGAACGGGUGGCCAGGAAGGAGUGUGGCUGGAUCGAGAAGGAUUACGGCCUCCUCGACCUCGACUUGCUGGAGCAGAAGGUUACCGAGGGCACGCAGGACGGACACUUUAACAAGAAGAUGUGGUGCGAAUGCUCCUCGGAGGACAAGUGCCCGUGA